AUGGUCUUGGACUUGAAGUAUGAUACAGCACGGCAAUACUAUAUCUGUAUACCUGCCACAGAACGAGGUCCGCUGCCGGAUGUUUUUAUCAACGUGUACCGCAAGCGAAACCGCAUCGAGUGCCAGACGUUGGAUUUGGUCAAACUAAACCAAAGGAUCACCGAUGCCCAUAGCGAGGUGAUCAAUAUGAGCGACCAGACAAUCCAGGACCUUGUCCGAGACGUGUGCACCGAAGUAUCCGGGCUUUUUCGAGUCAGUGAAGCAAUUUCAAUGCUAGACAUGCUCGGGGCAUUCGCUCAGCUAGCAACGAACAAUGAGUACAUCAGACCAGAGCUGACCGACACUCUUGCCAUCAAGGCGGGACGUCAUCCAAUCAGAGAACAAAUUCAUAGCAGCAAGUUCAUCCCAAACGAUGCAUACGCAACGCCGCAAACAAGAUUCCAGAUCAUCACAGGCUGCAACAUGAGCGGCAAGUCGACCUACAUCCGCUCAUUAGCCCUGGUCACAGUCAUGGCGCAGAUAGGCUGCUUCGUCCCAGCUCAAUACGCCUCCUUCCCAAUCUCCCACCAACUCUUCGCCCGCGUCGCCACGUCAGAUGAUCUAGAUGCGAACGUCUCGACCUUCGCAGCAGAGAUGCGGGAGAUGGCAUUCAUCCUUCGUAACAUCCAGCCAUGCAGUAUGGUCAUCAUCGACGAGCUAGGCCGCGGCACUAGCACCACCGACGGCCUCGCUAUCGCCGUCGCGCUAGCAGAAGCACUCAUCUCUAGUAAAGCCCUGGUCUGGUUUGUCACGCAUUUCCACGACCUGGCGCAGAUUCUCGCCGAGCGCAGCGGUGUGAUCAAUCUCCACUUAGCAGCAGACAUCGCUCCCGACGCAUCCAAAAUGACCAUGCAGUACCGCAUUGCAGAGGGCCCUGUUCCAGAUCGUCGAUAUGGGCUUGUCCUCGCCAAGCUCGCUGACCUCCCCCCUGCCGUCUUGAAUAAGGCGCGCUCCGUCUCGGAAGCAAUGGACCAGCUAGCUAGACGUAGGAGCAGCUCGUCGCGUGCCAUUGCUAUCGCCCAGAAACGGAAGUUACUUUUGUCUCUGCGUGAACAGUUAUUUCUUGCCCGUGAUGGCACGAUGGAUAACACUGGUCUUCAGGCUUUGUUGAUUAAACUGCAGGAUGAAUUUGCGCUGCGUAUGACUGCCAUCAACAGAGAGAUGGAGUUAUACGCUGGUGAUAAAAGUGAGAUAGAGGCUCAUGCUGAACCUGUUUCCAAUCUAUCAGUUCAUACACCAGAAACUCAAGGGUUGGGUUCGACCGGGGAUAACGAAAGAAUGGACAACACACGUGUUUCCGAGUGCAUUAUGAUCGAAUCUGAUUUGGAUUCUGAGUCCGAGCAUUUCAUUGACGAUGAUAGUGUGGUAUUGAUCUGA